AUGAGUUUAAACGUAAGAUCAGUAAACAAAGUUGAGAGUCUUCCCGGAACAAAUAUUCCGACGAUAAGGGAGCUUGUUAAAGCAAAACAAAAUCAAAGAAAAGAGCCAGUAACAAGUAAGUUUUUGGGCCGCGUGGAGGACAAUUUAAUUAAGUGGAACCCAUCAAUUAGCUCACACAAUGGAACAAUACAAGCAGUCGAAGGGAUCCAUCCAUUUCAAACCGCCAAAACAUCCCAAGUUGAUAACGAGACGCAUUCUCAAUUACCACAAGGGUCCGGUAAAUGGUACAAGGAAAAUUCAGAAUAUUUGCUACGACAGUUGCCAUCCGGGGGGUUUUCAGAUGUAGUACUACCAGACGAAGAUUCGUUUGUUCUCCCCACUUCAAAUCCUGCCACCACCGCUACACCUUUUGCAAUUCCUGCACCUGACACAGAAACGGCUGGUAUUGAAAAACCAAAGGAAGCUUACAAACUUAAGGAUAACAAUGCAAGAGGGAAACCACUGCACCAAGACCCUUACAGCAUAUUCUAUCAGCGUCCUGUUCCGGUCAAUUACAUCCAACAUGAAGUCAAUAUAAGAAAUAUGGGGGUAGCUCAAAAUCAAGAAGGUACCGAUGGAGAUGAACAAUAUAAGCGUUCGUGGUUAGCCACAUGUAUCAAUUGGAUUCCAUGUAACGAAUAG